AUGUCUUCAUCAUUAAUGUCAAGACGUCAAAUCACGACAACUUCUAGUUUUAUUGCUUAUCCUAGAUCUUAUCCAUUCAUUAGUAUGGAUCCAACUACAUUAGUAAUAAACGAAUGUAUGGCAAUGGCUUCUGCUAUGAGAAAAAUGAAUAGAUGGUCUCAAAGUGGCGUUGCGGCAAUUUUAGCUGCUGGUGAUAUAUUUGGUAGUAAUAAUGGGGAUGAUGAUGAUGAUGGAUUAAUAAGCAGUUUAGGUAUUACUUCAAGUGUUCAUCCAAAUGGUAAAAGUAGUAAUGAAAAUAGUCGAGGAGGAGACUAUUCAAGACAAGGAACGCCAAUUGGAGGAAGAUCAUCUACUGCUCAUAGAUCUUCUUCUUCUCAUGACAAUCCGUUAUUAGCUUCCUUUUUACAAUUGAAAUCAAUCCUUUGUGAAGCUACAAGUGUAGAUGAUAUUGAUAGCUUGACAUUAUUACAACCUUUCUUAAUGGUUAUUAAAUCAUCUUCAACUUCAGGUUAUAUAACUGGAUUAUCAUUAACUGCAAUUUCAAAAUUCUUAAGGUAUGAAAUAAUUUCCCUUAGAUCAAAAAAUUUGCAAAAUUCAUUAAUUCAAAUAAUUUCUUCAUUAACUCAUUGUCGUUUUGAAGCUGCUGAUCAAAAUACUGAUGAUGCUAUAUUACUUAAAGUUUUAAGAUUAUUAGAAGAAAUCAUUCAAAGUCAUUUGUCAGAAUUAUUACCAAAUGAAGUAAUUUCAGAAGUAGUUCAAACCUGUUUGUCUUUGGCAUGUAAUAAAAAAAGAAGUGAAGUAUUAAGAAGAGCUGCUGAAAUGGCAAUGGUUUCAAUUACAAUUAAAAUUUUCAGUAAAUUAAAAGAUAUUGAACCAGAAACUGAAUUUGUUGAUGAAUUAAAAACGGAUUUUUCAGAAACAAAAUUACCGGAAGAUAUUAUUGGUGGUACUGAUAUGAAACCAUCUGGUGUAAACACACCAAGAGAGCAGACCGUGGAGGCUCAGGAAGAACUCGAUGUGGGAGCAGCAACCGCAGAUAAGAAGGAAGCAAUAGUGGAAAGCAGCAACAAUCAAGAAAAUAAUACCGAAGAGUUUACUGAAGAAUCCUAUGGAAUUGUUUGUAUUAAUGAAUUUCUAGGAAUAUUAGUCUCGAUGAUUUCUCCUUCAAACCAAUAUCAACAUAUGGAAAGUACAAGAGUAUUUGCUUUAAACUUAAUUAAUACCGCAAUUGAAGUAUCUGGUUUGGUAAUUGCUGUGCAUCCUGCAUUAUUGACUUUAGUAUGCGAUCCAAUCUCAAAAUAUACAUUACAAAUUAUAACAACUACCGAUUCACCUGCACUUUUAAAAGCUUCACUUCAAUUAUUUACAACGAUGGCAAUUGUAUUAGGUGCACAAUUAAAACCACAAUUUGAAUUAUCGUUAUCUUUAAUUUUCCAAUCUAUUUUGCCAGAAUCGACAAUUACAAAUCAAAGUGAAAAUAUCAAAGGAGCUAGUAUUUCCAUUAGAAAUCCACAAUCUAAAGAAUUAUUGAUUGAAUCUUUAAGUUUAUUAUGGACAAAAUCUCCAGUAUUUUUCACUAGUCUUUUUAUUGAUUAUGACUGUGAUUUUGAAAAAUCUGAUUUAGCAACUAAGAUUUUGGAAUUUUUAUGUAAACUCGCUUUACCAGAAUCGGCAAUAGUUUCCACUGACAACGUUCCACCAAUUUGUUUAGAAGGAAUUUUAUCAUUUAUUGAUUGUACCAAUGAAAGAGCCAAAUCAUUGGGGAAAAAUAAAAACCUUUUACCAUUACAUGAACUAAUUGAAAAAAGGAAAAAGAAAACAGCAUUUGUUAGAUGUACAGAUAUCUUAAAUGAAAAACCUCUGCAGGGGAUUAAAUCAUUAGCAACUGAAGGUUUUAUUAAAGAUGAAAAUGAUUUACGUGAAGUUGCUGAAUUUUUCUUUUCAAAAUCUGGUAGAUUAAAUAAAAGAAUGUUGGGAGAAUUUUUAACAAAACCAAGUAAUUCGGAAUUAUUUGGACAUUUUAUAGAUUUAUUUGAUUUUACAGGUUUAAGAGUUGAUGAAGCAUUAAGAAUCUUAUUGAAAACUUUUAGAUUACCUGGAGAAUCCCAACAGAUUGCAAGAGUGGUUGAACAAUUUGCUACCAAAUAUGUUAGUUGUUAUACAACUUCUGAGCCCCACCCAAGUACUCCUUCCAAACGAAGUAGUGUAACCAGUGAGAAUUUUGAACAAGUUAGACCUGAUGCCGAAGCUGUUUUUAUAUUAUCAUACUCAAUUAUUAUGUUGAACACUGAUUUACAUAAUCCACAAGUUAAAAAACAAAUGACUUUUGAAGAUUAUAGAAGAAAUAUUCAGGGUAUUUAUAAUGGUGGCGAUUUCCCAGAAUGGUAUGUCUCAAAAACAUAUCUGACUAUUAAAGAUCGAGAAAUUAUCAUGCCUGAAGAACAUCAUGGAACUGAAAAAUGGUUUGAUGAUGCUUGGAAUAAUAUGGUUUCAACUCAAGAUUUUAAUGCUGCUCAUCAACCUGAAUAUGAUUUUAGUAAAGUUGAAUUAUGCCAAUUUGAUAAAGAAUUAUUUGGGGCAAUUGUGGAAAAAUUGAUUGAUACGAUAUUUAGGGUAUUCAAAGAAGCUUCUGAUGAUCAUAUCAUUACUAGAUUGAUGUCUUCGAUUGACAAAAUUGCAAAUAUCUGUUUACAGUAUGGAUUAGAUACCUUCACAGAUAAAUUAAUUGAUUCUUUAUCGGAAUUAAGUUCCUUGAUGAAUCCAGGGGCAAUCCAACAAAUGUUGAACAAUGAUGAAACUGUACGUACUGAAAUCCCAAUUACUCAAAUUAAGAUUGAAAAGAAAAAUGAAGAAAUUACAGUUAGUGAUUUGGCAGUAUGGUUUGGUCGCGAUUUCAAAGCACAAUUAUCAGCGGUUGUUUUAUUUAGACUAAUUAAAAAGAAUGAUUGUCGAGUUUCUGCAUCUUGGAAUAAAGUUAUACAAAUAAUAUUAAGAUUACUUGAAAAUUGUUUAGUGAAUCCUAAUUUAUUCAGUGAAUUCCAAAAGAAAAUUAAGCUUCCUCCAUUGCCUAAAGUAAAACCACGUUUUAUUAUCAAAAAGACUAAACCAUUAAAUAAUUCAGGUAUUUUAUCUACAUUUUCAUCAUUUUUGAAAGGCUAUUCGGAUGAACCUCCAGAACCUACCGAUUCGGAAAUUGAAUCAGCAUUAUCAACAAUUGAUUGUGUUAAAUCACUUAAUAUUGCGGGUAUAUUUGGGAUCAUUUCAAAAAGCGAACCAGAUGAUUUGAAAUUAUUUGUGGAAUUAUUAUUGAAUGCUUUACCUGAACAUUCUGAAAAGACAAAAAGAUUUUAUGAAACAGAGACGUUAUUCUUGUUGGAGGUUUGUGUGUGCUUCUGUUUGUUAUUGCAUGAAAAGUCUUUAAUUGAUAAAGUUCUUGCCAAACUUGAUCCUCAAGAGAUAUCCAAAAAGGGACAAUUAAGAUUAGUGACAUACAAAUUAUUGUUGAUUAGAUAUAGUGAAGGAACAGAUAUGUUGGUACCAACGAUUAAAUCUUUGGAAACAUUUGAUAAAGAAAUGAUUAGCAAACAAGGUUCACAAAUACUUCAACCGUUAUUAUCUUUAGUUGACGAUGACUCAUGGUGUUGUAAAUCUCUUCUUAAUGAGGAAGAAUACUGGAAGUCUUUAAGAUUAUUUGGGUCUAUUCAAAUAUAUGCCAAUGAUGUUCUUCAGUUUGUUGAAGGUAUUAUAUUAAAUGCAUCUGGAGAUAUUACUCCCCAGAAUUAUGUUUCUGUAUUGGGGUUGUUGGAUGAGAUAUCGUCCUUGGGAGCAAUUGGAUCCCAAUUUGAACAAGAGAAUGAUAAAUUGGGAAAUCCACUGAUUGAUAAUACAUAUUUUAAAGAUUUGGUCCAGCUUUCGAAAAGAUCUAUCAAGUUAACUUCAGAAUUGGGUCCAAUCGUAAGACGAGAAGAAUUUAGUGAAAAGGGAAUGUCAUAUUCUCUUUUGCAAGCCUUAGCUCAUCAAUGUUUUAAUCCUUGUCGCGAGGUCCGAGACUUUGCUGUGAAAUCACUCCAAACAAUAUCCUUGUCCCUCGAGAAUAAUGAUGAUAUAUCUGCCUUUGGGAUUUUUGAAUAUGGAUUACUCCCAUUAUUAACUGAAUUGACCAAAUUAGACAUAAUCCAAACUGAUAUUAAUGGAUUUUCCAAAACGCAAUUUGAUUCAUUUUCAUUGGUUAGUAAAGUAUUUUUAAAGCAUAUUGAUGAUUUUAAGGAUAAUGAAACUGAAAUUGUCUGGAUGAGUUUAUUAGAAAAUUUUGCAAAAUUAUAUGAACUUGAAUCUAAAAAUGAACGAUCAGAAUUUAAUGAAUCAGGUUCAGAAUUGUUAAAAAAUAUGAUAUUGGUGUUACAAAGUAAUGAAUCAUUAACAGAAGCAAAACAAGAUCUUUGGAAAAGUAGUUGGGCAAUAAUUGGUGCUAUCUAUCCAGAAUUGAAAAAGGAAUUCAAUGGAGAACCGGUAGAUGCAAGUGAUGUACAAGAAAAAGAGAAAGAGGCUGAAACACAGAUUCAGCUUGAUGACGAAUUUCUUCCUGAUAACUCUGAACAGCAGGGAAAAAGCCAACAGCAGUAG